AUGGCUUCAAGCACGGCUGACCCAAGUAACCUCGUCCACCACACCAACUCCUGCCUUCCCCACCACCCACCCCGGGUGGCCGGUGUGAUGCUGUCUCUGUUCUACAUGGCCCUCUUGAUCUUUGCUGUCCUGGGAAAUGUCCUGGCCCUUCGCCUGGCCUAUCAAAAGGACAAGAAGAUCAACUCGACAGAUGUCUUCCUGGUCCACCUGGCAGUGUCCGACCUCCUGUUCACCCUGACCCUGCCUGGAAAGAUCACCUACUUCUUGCUGGACUUCAACUGGCCUUUCGGGGAGGGGUUCUGCAGGCUGACGGCCUUCAUCUUCUUCGUGAACACCUACUCGGGCAUCUAUCUGAUGACAUGCGUGAGCAUGGACCGCUACUUGGCUGUGGUCCGCGCCCACCGGUGUCCCCGGCUGCGUGAGCCCAGGCGGGCCCAGCUCAUCUGUGCGGCUGUGUGGGUCCUGGCGACGCUGCAGACGGCGCCCCUGCUCGGGUUCACCAUGACCACGCGCCUGGCUGGCAGGCUGACCUGCAUGGAGUACGACAGCGUCCAGCAGGUGUUCACGCUGCCCAUCAUGGUCCUGGUGACCUCCGCUCUGAGCUUCUGCGGGCCGGUGGCCGUCAUCCUCUUCUGCUACGUGAAGAUCACUGUCAAGCUGUGCAGGAUGGCCCGGGACAACCCCCUGACAAGCCGGAGGGGCCACCACCGCAGGGCCUGCCUGCUCACUCUGGUGGUGCUGGUGGCGGUGGUCCUGUGCUUCAUCCCCUACCACCUCCAUGUCAUCCAGUUCAUGGUGACAAAGAUGCUCCACCAGCCCACCUGCCCUGAGCAGAGGGUUUUCAAACUGUGCCUGCAGCUCACCGUCUGCCUCAUGAACUUGAACUGUAGCAUUGACCCCGUCGCUUACUUCUUCGCGUCCUCGCGUUACAGGAAAUGGCUUCGCCACUUUCUGAAACUCAAAGCAUCACCAUCUUCUCCUUCCUCCCUGCAGGGAAAAGCUUCCUCAGAAACACAAAGUAUCAACCAGACAGGAGGCUCCUUGCCCUUGGAGGAGAAUGAAGUCUAA